CAAAAUUGUCUGGCGUAUGAAAACCGCCUCUAGUAUUAAACCUGUCGUGCCUUUUCUCACUAGUAGGCAGCGCUGUAAUUUUAACACAGGUAUUUUAGGGCUUUUAUUGUAACAGCGUCAAAGAAUGCCCGUCGAUAGCGCGUCACCGCAUCAAACAUGUCUGUCAGCAGGUCUCUGCCAUGAGCGUCUGACGCGCUCGGGAAGCGUUUCACCACCGCGUUCCGCGACGCGCUCAAUGCGACUGCGGAUAUCACACGCUCGUUCGUACGCCAUAGAGGAAUGAUUAUCCACAAUCGAGUAAUUAAUAUUAAACAAAGGCCUAGUUAUCGACAGCUGCUGGAGCCUGAUUUAAAGCGUCGCUGUGGUCCGGGUGCACGAUGUUUUGUGAUGGACAGGAUGAAGAGGACAGUGCUCUGUCAGUGCUGUGUUUAUGACCAGUCAGCACAGUGACUCCCACUCAUGCCACAGAUGUCCUUCCCUUAGCUCACUGAGCUAACUUUAUUUCUUCUCGUCACCCCUGUUAUCCUUUCACUCUUUCCCCUCUCAUGCCUCUUGCUCCGUCUUCACUCGAUCUCUCUUCUCUGAUCUCUCCCUUGUCCAUCCCUCCCUUUGACUUUCCCAUCCCUUCCUCUGUCACCCCUGCUCUGUGUCGGAUGUCAUAAUGAUGUGCUGCGGUCGAGCACUGGACUCCCCCUGCACUCUAGCUCUGUUGGUGGGCUUCCAGUUUGCGUUUGUCCUCUACUUCUCCCUGGGAGGCUUUCGUGGCCUAGUGUCUGUUUUGGUUCAUUCCACUGAGCCUGAGAUCGACUACUCUCGACCGCAUGACGUCUACACCAACCUCACCUCUCUGCUGCUCCACCACCCAGGACCCAGUGGACCAGAACAGCAGCUCAAGGAGUGUAUACUGCCCUCUCCACUGCUGGUGGGUCCCGUUUCUGUCCACCUCUCCUCACCCCCCUCCCUGGAGAAGAUAAAAGAGAAGAACCCCUUGGUGACCUUAGGGGGUCAUUACCGCCCACCAGACUGUGAGCCACGGCACCACACAGCCAUCGUGGUCCCCUACCGGAACCGCCAGACCCACCUCCGCGCCCUCCUCUACCAUCUGCACCCUUUUUUGCAGCGGCAGCAGGUCCACUAUGGCAUUUACAUUGUGCACCAGUCAGGGAACUCCACGUUUAACCGAGCGAAGUUGCUGAAUGUUGGAGUGCGGGAGGCGCUGAAAGAAGAGGACUGGAGCUGUAUUUUCCUGCAUGAUGUUGACCUGCUACCGGAGAAUGACCACAAUACCUACACCUGCCACCCUCAGUACCCUACACACCUCUCCGUAGCUAUGGACAAGUUCAGAUACAGGCUUCCAUACUCACAAUACUUUGGAGGGGUGUCUGCUGUGACUCCAGAGCAGUACCUCAAGAUGAACGGCUUUCCGAAUCAGUAUUGGGGCUGGGGAGGAGAGGACGAUGACAUCGCAGCUCGAGUCCGUCUCUCUGGGAUGAAGAUCAUGCGCCCCCCUUUGGCCAUUGGGCAUUAUAAGAUGAUCAAACAUAAAGGAGAUCAGGGUAAUGAGCAGAACCCAAGAAGGUUUGACCUGCUGAAGCGCACAAGGCUGAACUGGCGCUCAGAUGGACUGAACUCGCUGACUUAUGAGCUCCUGUCCAAAGAGUUGGAGCCAUUGUACACAAAUUUGUCUGUCAACAUUGGGGAUGAUCCACACCGUCCCCCUGCGAAGGCUCCACCCCGGAAGUCAGAGCCUCAACCCACUCCAACUAAUAAAGUGAAGACUGAAAAAGUGGGUGUGGUCAUCAAUCAUAAUGCCACAAGAGUGGAGCCCACCCAUUUGAAGGCCAGUAAUGAAAGUUCAAAUGUUGUUCAAAAAGCUCCUUUGAACCAAGAAAUGGGAUGAUACUGAUAAUCAAGUAUCCCAGACAAUUCACAGGAUGCAUAUUGGAGGGAAUACCAGUUUGCUCUUUAUUUUAUAUCGUGAAGCAUUGCUACUCUAGGCAAAUAAGUUCAUUCCACUGAAAGUCGACUGAAACUGCACGGCCGCCUCUGAAUGUUGUUCAGCUGCUGACAGGAUGACGUUUGCACAAGUCUGAAGAUCUCGUUUCGAUGUAGGAGAGUGGGCCGAGUUGUAAACGCUCUCGAAAGUGACCUAUCGACGUAACUGUGCAAGUCCUCUGUGUUUUUGAGCCGACCUGCUGCCAGCUGCUGCUCUUCACCCCACUGUGUGGGUCUGUUUUUCUGUGCCUUUUCUUGCCCUUAAACCAGUCUCUUAUCAACAUGCCAUGACUCAGUUGAAAGCAUUAUUACUGCACACCACUGUUAUUGAUAUUACAGUUGAAUGCUCAUUCCACGUUUAUCUGUUUUUCUCUUCUUUUAAUAUCUAGUCAGCACACACUGCUUUGUGAUCUAGUGCUUGAGCAGACGUGUAUCACUGUGGUCUAUUUUUGGUCUUACUGUACAAACUUAGAAAGGUGUGAUCUUUGAUAGUGAGCACUGGAUUAUUUUCUCUUUUAGCUGCUCGGAUACCUAUUAAUAGUUUAUGAUAGUGUAAAAGAGUUUAAUUAUUUUAGGUAUUGUGUGGUGCCUUUGUUGGAUUCCAUUUUGGUUGUAGACAAUCAUUGGGUAAGCAUAACAUGACAAAAAAUAUAUUUAUUUAUAGUAUUUACAGACUUUUAUUUGAAUUCAGGAAUAUGUUUCUGUUAAAUAGAUUUGAUUGUUGAAGGUGUUUAAGAUGCUAGUUGAUAUUUUAAGAUUUUAUAAACAUUAAACCAUUAGUGGGUAAUUUUAUGCUUAGUAAUAGAGCAAGAAUAUUAUUUUUUAGUCAGAGAUAUAAGUUGUAUCACCAUCAUGGCACUUUUUAGGUAUAAACUGCACAUACAAUCCUCGAGUAUAAGCUACAUUUGAAGAACAAAUAUCAGCGACAGACAUUUUUCUUUUCAAGUUCUUUUGAAAUAAAAAUAGCAUUGCACAUUAUAUUAGCAGGUCCACUGACUUUUUUCUCUCUCCCACAAUGCAAACUACAGACCGUUAAAGGAUUAGUUCACAUCCACAAUAAAAAAAAUGUCCUGAGAAUGUACUCGCCCCCAUGUCAUCCAAGAUGUUAAUGUCUUUCUUUCUUCAGUUGAAAAGAAAUGAAGGUUUUUGAGGAGAACAUUCCAGGACUUUUUGCCAUAUAGUGGACUUCAAUGGUGGCAAAUGGGUUGAAGGUCCAAAUUGCAGUUUCAAUGCAGCUUCAAAGGGCUCCACACAAUCCCGUCCCAGGAAUAUUGGUCUAAUCUAGCGAACUGUCAUUUUCUAAAAAAAAUACACAUUUAUACAUUUCUUAACCACAAAUGCUCAUCUUGCACUAGCUCUGCAAUGUACAUGAGCGUCUUCGCACAUUACUUAAUCACGUUGGAAGAAAAUCGAAUUUUCUUCAACUUCAAAAUCGUCCGACAUAUUUGUUUUACCUUUUUUUGUAAAGGGUGUUUGACAUUCUUUGCAGGUUUGCUUUGUAAACACUGGGUUGAUACUUCCAUCUACGUAACAUGUGACCUUUCCAACGUGACUACGUAAUGCGUGAAGAUGAGCUAGUGCAAAAUGAGCAGUUGUGGUAAAAAAAAUAUAUAAAUUGUAAUUUUGUUUAGAAAAUGACUGAUCGUUUUGUUAAAUAAGGCCCUCGUUUCUCGUCUGGGAUCGUGUAGAGCCCUUUGAAGCUGCAUUGAAACUGCAAUUUGGACCUUCAACACAUCGAUCCCCAUUUAAGUCCACUAUAUGGAGAGUGAGUAAAUAAUCAGGAUUUUUUUAUUCUUAAAGUGAACUAAUCAUUUAAUAAAAAAUUAUAAUUUGCUGUAAGUGGUAGUCUGAAGGUGCUCAUUGAGAAUCCAUCCCAUCAUGUGACAUGGUGCAUAUCUCACUGUAUGUACAACAUAUUUCAAAUCUAGAUAUACAUUUCAAAGAGGCUGUUUAAAUGAUGUAUUCUGGUUUUGAUACGCAAUUCUAAGUGUUACAGACUCAUCAGAAUAAAAACAUGGUGUUUUACUUCAUGCCUUUGUAUUAAAACUACAAAAAGUCUACAAAAAGUGUAACUUUUUGUAAAUAAUUCAAGAUAGUAUUCUGAGAUGCAUGUGGCAGAUGAAUAUAUUUCAUCCUAGCAUAUUUGCAAGACCCUUGUAUACGGUAUACAUAUUAAAUAAAGUACAUAGUUUUCUAUCAGAUACAGUAUUUGGCAUUAGUGUUAAACUACUGUGCCUAAUAGUCUCUAACUUGAGAACGUAAUUACAUCUGAUAUUAACUGUUUUAGACGUGACACUCUGUAAAGAGUGGUAAGAUUUUGAGGACUGUGUUGAUUUUUUUUGUCAUGUCAUUUAUGGUCAAACACUGUUGAUUUGAAUGUGUAUUUGAAUGUGUUUACUUUUGGCUAUGAUGACUGUUGGUUAUAUAAAUAUAUAUAUAACGGAGACUCUGAAGCUGCAUUUUGACUUGUGUCUGAGUUACAUUGGAGUUUGCCACAGAUAUGCGUGAUUAGUUAUUUUGUUGAAUAAACACAAUGACAACACUGUACCAUUGUGAUUUACCCAUGCAGCUGUUUAUUGUAUGUUUAUCAAGAGAGAGUGGAAAAAUGUUAAAACAAGGGUCUUAAUCUUUAGGACCCGUGACUGAUUUAGAGGGACUCUUAAAGGGAUAGUUCACACAAAAAUGUAAAUUCUCAUGUCAUUCCAAACCUGUAUGACUUUUCUUUGUUCUGCAUAUUUUAAAGAAUGUUGGUAAACGCACAGAUUUGGUGACAGAGACAGUUUUCGUAAAUAUUUUAUGUGACAACAGAAUAAAGAAAGUCAGGUUUGAAACAACAUGAGGGUGAAUAAGUGAUGACAGGGGUGAACUAUCCCUCACCUUCAGUUCCCCAAGCAUUCAGUGUCUGCUCACAAAAUCACUCAUUGGCUUCCAAGCACCAAAAACAUAAACCGAUGACUAGUGAAUCAAGCUGAUGUUGUGUCCUAGGGGGCCUACAGGUGUGUCAGUGUAUUAUUGAGCAAAUAAAGAAAAAAAUAUUUAAAA